GGCAAGGCAACUACAUUCAGCCCCAACUACUUAAGCAUGCGCUGAAAUUUGGCUGGAACCUACAAUGAUCUGAAGCAUCCUCCAUUCUACAAAUUUAUUCUAAACAUGAGUACCUCCAUACCACCAUUCGACUACUCACCCUCCUUACAAGAGUAUGCGAUACCUGAAGGCGACUAUCUCAGCCAACACCAAGAUGCUCACAUAAUAUGUACCGGCGCAGUUGUAUUCAACAACGAAGGGAAACUGCUUCUCGUCCAGCGUGCCAAAGAAGAGAAGGCGUUCCCUAAUGCCUGGGAGAUUCCCGGAGGAAAGAUGGAUGACACAGACGAGACCAUCCUGCACGCCGGUGCGCGCGAGUUGAGGGAGGAGACCGGUCUUACAGCGACUCGAGUAGUCAGGAAGGUGACUCAGUUCACGUUCUCUGACGGCUGGAGGAAUCGCCCAACCAAGACGUGGUUGAAGGUACUGUGCUGACUUACUC